ACCCCGUGGGGGCCCUGGGGACUGGAGGCCGCAGAGGGGCCGCUCCAAAGCGCCUCCUCUCAGAGAGGUCUCCGGCCCAUAAGAUCGCCACCAUCAAGGGGUUCCUGAGACACCGGCGCUUGGAGGGGACCACCAGGCUCAGACCCAGAGAGGAUGAGCUUUCUAGUCCUGAUGGCGGCAGAGCCACUGACGGAGCUGGAGGCGGCCAUUGAGACGGUGGUCAUCACCUUCUUCACCUUCGCGCGGCAGGAGGGCCGGAAGGGCAGUCUCAGCAUCGAUGAGUUUAGGGAACUGGCCACUCAGCAGUUGCCUCACUUGCUCAAGGACGUGGGCUCCUUAGAUGAGAAGAUGAAGAGCUUGGAUGUGAAUCAGGACUCUGAGCUCAAGUUCCACGAGUACUGGAGACUGAUAGGGGAGCUGGCCAAGGAGAUCCGGAGGGAGAGGGCCCUGGAGACGCACAAGAAGUAAAGCUCCUGAGCAGGAUAGUGCUUGGCAGGGCCGGCAGGGCAGAACCCCUCCCCCCAAAAAGCCUCUUCCUGGAAACACCCUCUCCUCUUCCUGCUCUUGGGAGUAGACAGUGGGAAGGCUCUGCCCUGACCCAAGAGUGGGUCCAAAAGUUAUGACCUUUUGGGGCUCCUGGGUGGCUCAGUUGGUGAAGCCGCUGCCUUCGGCUCAGGUCAUGAUCUCAGGGUCCUGGGAUC